AUGGAUAAAAUUUUGCAAUGGUCUAUUGCCCAGCAAUCGGGAGAUCAGGAAGCUAUAGAGAAAAUUGGCAAGCCAGAUCCUAAAAUGUUAGAACAAUUGUUCGGAGGCCCUGAUGAACCGACUUUGAUGAAACAAGCCAUAAUGGUUAUAGACAACGAGGAAGCAACAUUGGAGAACAAGGAGAUUGCGUUCGAUAAUUUUGAGAUGUUGAUCGAGAACAUGGAUAAUGCGAAUAAUAUUGAGAAUAUAAAGUUGUGGCCUUCUGUGAUCAAUAAGAUGUCAGCAGAGACCCCAACCUCUUUGAGGGUAUAUGCGGCAUCAUGUGCUGGUAUAGCGGUUCAAAAUAACCCUAAGUCGCAGGAAGCUUUCUUAAAGUACGACGGGUUGGCCCAGUUGAUCAAGAUUUGCAAUGAGGAAGAGGCGACAACUGAGCUUCGCUUGAAGGCCUUGUUUGCGAUUUCGUCAUUGAUCAGGAACUUUGAAGAGGGAUAUGCCAAGUUCGAUGAUCUUGACGGAUGGAGUGUCGUUAAGCUUAACGGAAACCAGGAUCACAAAGUCAAAUUAAGAAUCUUGUCAUUGGUGUCUGCGAUUUUGUCAACGCCUUUUGAUAAAAAGAAGGAAGAACAUGUUCACAAAGAAAAAUUGGUUGCAAACAUAAUUACUCUCUUGAGAAAGGAUGGACACGUCGGAUGUAUUGAUAAAGCAUUGAACAUAAUUUCUCAGUUGGCGUCCUCAAAUUUUGAAUUCACAUCUAAUGAAAUUGCUGAUAUAGCACAAGGAUUGGGAGAGAUUGAAGCAUUGAAGGAUAGAAUUUCAGAGGAUGAUUAUAAUUCGGUAAAGCAAGUAUCAAUUGAUCGCAUUGCAUAUAUAAUUUGA